AUGACUCAUCCUCCUGAAACCAGUCAAAGUACCACUACCACCGCCACUCGAUCGACACUAUAUCCAUUUGUGAUUCCAUCAAUUCAAAUGGAUGGAGGUACAAAAUACCCGCCUUACAUCGACGCCUGUAUUGCGGGUGGUAUUGGUGGAGCAACUGCUGAUUUUAUUAUGCACAGUGUGGAUACAGUCAAGACUAGACUACAAGGACAACCCCAUACUCGAGUGAAGAAAUAUAAAAGUAUGGUCCAAGCUUAUAAGCUGAUAUUCAAGCAAGAAGGUGUUAUGAGAGGACUCUAUGCUGGCGCUACACCUGCCAUGAUUGGAUCCAUUCCAGGAACAACACUCUAUUUUGCAAUCUACGAGUUAACGAAACGUACUCUCAACGAACUUAAUGUUCCUGAAGUGGUUUCACAUUUGAGUGCAGGUUCUAUAGGUGACCUAGUCGCUUCAGUUAUAUAUGUACCGUCCGAAGUCUUAAAAACACGAUUACAAUUACAAGGAAGAUAUAACAAUACCCAGUUUAUCAGUGGAUAUAACUAUAAAAAUACAUGGCAUGCGACAAGGAUGAUUAUCAAGCAAGACGGAUUUGGAGCAUUAUUUCAUGGGUUCAAAGCAACCAUAUUGAGAGAUGUUCCUUACUCAGCCAUUCAGUUUGCUUGCUAUGAACAAUUCAAAAAAAUUGCACAGAAUCGAUUUGUAAAGCCCGGUGAACAAUUACCUGUAACCAUCGAUUUAGUGACAGGUUCACUGGCAGGUGGUAUUGCCGGAGCCAUUACAACACCGUUGGACGUUAUGAAGACUUUAUUACAAACACAACAACGAGUCGAUGACUCUAAGAAAGAUCCUCUCGCUCCUCCUCCACCACCGCGGAAGCCGGGCGAUCCACCUGUCAAACAUUACAGUGGCAUUAUAGACGGAAUGAUGUGGAAUUAUAAGCAUCAAGGCCUGUCAGGAUUAUUUAGAGGAAUUGGCCCACGAGUAUUUUGGACAAGCUUACAAAGUGCCAUCAUGUUUGUAGUCUAUGAACAACUCCUACACCUUCAAUCAAAUUUAAGAAUAGAAAACGAAAGGUCAUCAUCCUCGUCAUCAUCGGAAAUAGUCGAAUUAUGUAUAGACUCACAGUAA